UUCAUUAACAUAAUUUAUUUAAAUCACGGAGCCAAUCGUUGAGUGUUAGAGUACCCACAAGUGACGUCAUGUCACCUCCUGCUGCCACGUGACGUCGCGACGUAACAGAAAGUUGCCGCUCAGACCGUGCACUGAAAUCCGAGGCCCAGCCCGUUUAAGCUGCUAUAACGCUCUUGUUUUCAGAAGCGACCUGCACACAACACAAGCUGUCACUUCCUCUGUAGAAUUGGUCUGAUGGAGCUAAGGCACUCGGCGCGGCUCGGUACAAAAAGGCAACAAUGCGACCGGCGUGCAUACAGCACUGAUCGUCCUGUACAUUUGACACAGCACCAGAGAACUCGCACGGGAGAGAAACCCUUCAAGUGCAGCGUGUGUGGGAAGGCGUUUGCACGUUCAUCUGCUCUUGUAAUACACCAGAGAACACACACGGGAGAGAAACCCUUCAAGUGCAGUGUGUGUGGGAAGGCAUUUACAAAUUCAUCUGAUCUUAUAAUACACCAAAGAAGACACACGGGAGAGAAACCCUUCAAGUGCAGUGUGUGUGGGAAGGCGUUUGUACGUUCAUCUGCUCUUGUAUUACACCAGAGAACACACACGGGAGAGAAACCCUUCAAGUGCAGUGUGUGUGGGAAUGCAUUUGCAUAUUCAUCUGCUCUUAUAACGCACCAGAGAACACACACGGGAGAUAAACCCUUCAAGUGCAGUGUGUGUGGGAAGGCGUUUGCACAGUCAUCUUCUCUUGUAACACACCAGAAAACACACACGGGAGAGAAACCCUUCAAGUGCAGUGUGUGUGGGAAUGCGUUUGCACAUUCAUCUGCUCUUAUAAUACACCAGAGAACACACACGGGAGAGAAACCAUUCAAGUGCAGUGUGUGUGGGAAUGCGUUUGCAUUUUCAUCUGCUCUUAUAAUACACCAGAGAAGACACACGGGAGAGAAACCCUUCAAGUGCAGUGUGUGUGGGAGGGCGUUUGCACGGUCUGCGCAUCUUGUAGAACACCAGAGAACACACACGGGAGAGAAACCCUGCAAGUGCAGUGUGUGCGGGAAGGUGUUUAAACGGUCAACGCAUCUUCAAAGACACCAGAGAACACACAAGCAUCAAAAGAUCCACAAAGAGCGGAAUCUGAAAUCUACUUGUAAAAGUCAAAGUGCAGUAAUGAGCCCAUCCCUCAUGAAACAAGAACCUGAAGAAAAUCCCAGCUUGGACACUCUUAAAGGUAUCAAGGUGAAAUAUGAAGAGGUGAAGGUGAAAUGUGAAGAAGUGAUGGUGAAGAGCGAAGAAGUGAGGGUAAAAUGUGAAGAAGAUUCAACUCCAAAAUCGGACCUUCGCAUCGAUUCAUCUGCUCUUGUAACACACCAGAAAACACACACAGGGGAGAAACCCUUCAAGUGCAGUGUGUGCGGGAAUGCGUUUGCACGGUCAACGCUUCUUCAAAGACACCAGAGAACACACAAGCAUCAGGAGAUCCACAAAGAGCGGAAUCUGAAAUCUACUUGUGAAAGUCAAAGUGCCGCAAUGAGCCCAUCCCUCAUGAAACAAGAACCGGAAGAAAAUCCCAGCCUGGACACUUUUAAAGGUAUCAAGGUGAAAUAUGAAGAGGUGAAGGUGAAAUGUGAAGAAGUGAUGGUGAAGAACGAAGAAGUGAGGGUAAAAUGUGAAGAUGAAAAUUCAACUCCACAAUCGGACUGCAUCGAUGGAGGCAACGUGAAGCAGGAGGAGAAUUCUCACUGUGAGGCAGAGCGAGGCAACUCCCAGCAGUUUGUGGAAGUGGAGGUGUGGGUGGACUUCCUCCGAGACAGUACAAAGUCAAAAGGAGACCCGGUAGAUGUGUAAGCCAGAGACGAUGUCGCUCCAAUAGAUGCACCUUUGUCACAGGCCUUUAAUUAAAAUAACGUGAAGUUGAACACUCAAUUCCUAGGUUCAACCUGCAGGGUAAGAGCGGCCAGUCUUUGUGGACCUGUGGGUUGGGUAGAUCUCUAACCAGGAGCGAGAGCCAAUAAGCUCCCAAGCAUUCACUAUGUUCUAAUAAUUAAAUUUUUAUGGUGCUUGCUUCAUCGCCUCGGCAAUUAAGAGUUUUGUAUCGUAUCUCGUCUCAAACACUCAAAGAGCACCCCCUAGUAGCAGCUGCCCCUGUGUGGAACAAGGUGGUGGCUGUUGUAUAUUUAGGCCUUUUUCCCAAAUUGAUAUGAAGAAUAAUUCAGCCAAAAUAUUUCGUUUAAUAAUCAAUCGAGGUGUGGCAUGACGCAAAAAAAAUUGUAACAACCACCCUCACCCCUCACAGCAGCUGCCUUCCACAAGUCACACCAGGCAAAGAAGUAGCCUUAAAAGGUAAUAAAAAAAAAACCCAGGUGCAAAGAGGGGAGGGGGGGUGCUAAUGAGAUUCUGGAGAAAUCUCUACCGGGCUUCAAAGGCCGCCACACAGCACGUACAAGCAAUGGGCGCCACAAUUCUUUCUGGGCGGCGAGAACCGAACAGACAAUUUUUUUGGUUUAUUUUAGUUCAGUAAAAAUUCGAAACUUGGCUAUAAGAAUAAGUCGACAUUUUGGAUUGCACUCAGAUUAAGAUCCAGGCUACAAUCUACAUUAGUGGGUUAUUAUUUCUGGUAUAUUAUUUUAAUAUUAAUGUUAUUCACCUUAUUUUUAUUAUUCUCUCUGUGACUUUACCGAAAGAACCAAAGAAUGAAUUCUGGCAGUCACGAAAGCUUUAAAUCGAAAUUUACAUACCAGUUAAUGGCAUAAUUGCCCAAGUAAGUUUAAGUAAAAACUUGGUUUUUCUCCAACCUCAGGAUAUCAAAAUAUAACUCGACAAUAAAGCCGAAACAGGUCAAUCACACACGAUCAAGAUAAUGCGUUCCAAAGAGAGAGCCUCCCAACCGCCUUUAUCUUACAGAAGCACGUGGUAGCAAUAAAUUACACACAAGGAGGGCACCUUGCCUUGAGAUAUCGAACACCAUGAAGGAAUUCCAAACCAUGAUGGAAGAGAAAAUGUAAUACCUCAGUCGCGAGGGAAGAGCGGGGCCGGGGGGGGGGAGAAUGCAACCAGGCAAAAGGAACCUCUCCCUCCAGAUUAAUUAUGGAAAUCA